AUGGCGACCCCUCGCGUCCUUCGUUUCGAUGCUGACGGUCGCCCGCUCGAUUUCCCAGUCUGGCUUCUUCGCGCUCGCCGCCUGUUAGAGAGUCAGGUCCAGGCAGGCGAGACCCUCUGGGCGCACGCUACUGGUGCCCUACCUGCGCCCCCCGACCCUACGCCUUUAGGACCUGCCCCUGACGACGCCGCUAGAGCCCGCUUUGCCACUCAGCGAGCUGACCAGACGGCUUGGAAGUCACGUGACGCUGCGGCCUGCAUCGCGCUCAGCAGCCUCCUCCCUGAGUCUGAGGAGGUUCACUUCACUCAGGUUCGCACCGCUGCUGAGUACCUCACUGCGAUUAAGGCCCGCUACUCUACUCCCGCUGCUGUCUCUCUUGGCCGCCUGUUCCUCCCAUUCCUGUUUCCUGACCUAGCGUCUUUUGAGCGCUCUGCUGACUUGAUCGCUCACCUCCGCUCGCUCGACGCUAGUUACCGCGCUGCUUGCACUGAGGCACAGCUUGCACUGCUUCCUCCCCCUAUGGCGAUUACUAUCUAUUUCAUCGCCACUAGCCUCCCUGACCGCCUUGCCUCCGUUCGCGACGCGCUUCUGCUGAAGCACCCUAUCCCGCAGUUACCCACCUUUACUGCCUCACUUGCCACUGCCGCUACUGACGCGACUGCAGCUGCUGUUACGACUGCGUCGCGGUCCCGCGGUAGGAGUGGCAAGAAAGGCGGUUCUGGUGGUGGUAGUGGAGGUGGAGGCGGAGGUAGUGGAGGUGGCGUUGCGCCUGGCGGCGGUGGAGGUUCAGGGCCUGGAGAGGCGCCUCGUGCAGUGACUGGUGACUCCACUGCGCCUGCUGGUGGUGGCGACGCCCGAGUUCGUCAGUCGCCUCCUGUACUUCCUGCCCCGGUUGGUGGAGCAGCGGCGUGGUACCAGGCUCAGCGUCAGCAGCAGCUUCUGCAGCACCAGCAGCCCCUCUCCUCCCAGCAGCCUCAGCAGCAGCAGCUGGCUCCAGGGUCGGGGCUGCGUCAGACCCAGCGCGGUGCUGCUUACACUCCCUGCACCUACCAGGUUCUGACAGGCCCUCGUCGUGGCCACCCUUGUGGCCGGUUUCACCCCCCUGGUCAGUGCUUUGCUCAGCUCACUGACACGGUUCGUUUGGUCUACGGGGUUGGUGCUCCUGCCCCUGACUGGCUGCCUCUUGUUCAGCGCUACGGCUCCGCUCUGUGGGGCAUGUCUGCUGAGCAGUUAGUUGAUCUCAUUGCUUAG